CGUCACUGUGCAGCAGGGCAGCGCUGCAGCUUCACUCUCCGUCUGCUCACUGCUGCACCACAGGACGACAGACUUUACUACCUGGACAUGGCCUCCCAGUGGCUGAUCUGCAGUACUUCAGUGCUGCUGCUUUUGGUUCACGUCUGCCCAGUCGUCACACAGAUGUCGUGCUCUGGAGGAGUCCCUGGGAUUCCCGGGAUACCAGGCGUCCAUGGGCCCAACGGCAAGGACGGUCCUAGAGGAGAGAAGGGAGACCCUGGGGAGGCAGCUGAGCCCAUCAGGGGCAAGAAGGGGAGCCCGGGUCUGCGGGGCCCCCCAGGACGGCCCGGGCUGAAGGGAGACAUGGGUCUGCCGGGGCUGGGUGGAUAUCCAGGCCGGCCAGGGGAGAAGGGGAGUGCCUUCAACCCCUCCAACGAACUGAAACCCUUCUUCUCCUUAAAACGGCUGAUACCACAAAUACCAGAAUCCGACACGACCAUCGACUUCGACAGUGAGAUUCUGCCCAGCCUGGAUCGACAGCUUCAAGGACUAUCACUGGCAAACGGGACGUUCACAUGUGUCACCAAAGGCGUCUAUUUCUUCAGUUACCACAUUUCAGCAAAGAGCAGAGUGUGUAUGGAGCUAAAGAAGGGCAGCGACAGUCACAUGGUCAUGUGUGACUUCACCGAAGGUUUCCUGGUCACCUCCGGCUCGGCGGUCCUGGAGCUGGAGGUGGGAGACACCGUGUCGCUGCAGGCCACCAGGCACGCCAACAUCGUGACCAACUACGCCAUCACCAGCCACAUCUUUACCGGGUUCCUGGUCUUCCCCACCGCCUAGAGCCGCCGCUUCCAAUGCAGUCAUACAAUCAGACACAUUCUGAGACGUUUUGAGCAGUAAAUGAAAUAUGGCUUUGCAAUAGAAAGAUCAUCCAGGUUAUCAUGGGGGAAGGUUUCAUCUGAAUAUUGGAGGAAAACAUAAUAAACAGGACGUCUGGGGUCCUUCUCAGUGCGCUCCACUUCCUGCAUUCUGGUGAAUCAUCAAUUUCUGGUGUGAACGUCUGUGUUUAUGCAUUGAGACACAAAACUCAAGCACCAGGUGACCAUUUAAAAUACAAUGGAGCAUCAAUGGCUCUAAAAACGUUUUCCUCAAUCAGCUCAGGGGUUGUUUCAGCUCAUGCUUUGAGAGUCAAAAGUGCUAAAGAGAAAAGACUCACAACUAUCCGAGGCAUUGUUUCAUCUAUUCUCGUGGGUGCCCCAAAUACAAAUCAUUUGGUUCUUUGAUGUUUUCAUUCCUGAACUCCAGACAGUAGACAAUCCACCAGCGUUGUUUGACUGUUUUUGUACAUUUUAAAGACUCGAUCGCAAAACUGAGAACUGGUUUUUGCUUUCCACAUUGACUGAUGUGCUUUUUAUAAAAUUAAAAGAGUUCACAAUA